AUGCAAGCCGAGGAUGGUGCUAAAGAAGAGAUGCAUAAGUCUGUCGAAAAAGAAGAAAACAAAACUGCUGAAGAUGCACAACAACCGCCCCUUCUUCAAUCUGAAAAUGAAAGUGUUUUGCAAAGAGAUAGGACUUCAAAGCAAAAUGAUAGGAGCAAUGCCACAGGAUAUCUAGCAAUUGUACCGACGAGAAAACAAGGAGCCUUUGAUUUUCUGAGGAAGCUGUUUACUACUUUCCAAAACCUUCAUUGUACCUGUGGAAAACCCAUUAAUAAACAGCCUAAGAAUUUGGACUCUGAUGGUCAAGGGAAUAAUGCCCAAAAUGGGGUCUUUGUAAGAGAAAAUGGAUCAUUGUUUCUGGUGUCUGAUGAUUUGAAGAUUGUGACAGACUCCUUGCUGUCCUCCGUGCAGAUGUUGAUUGAAUCCUGGUAUCCAGACUUGACUCAACUAGAGGAAGUCACACACAACAUUGGCAAGAAUGAGAUAUUGAACCUUCUCAAGUAUGCCUUAACCUCUCGUGAGCCUUUGACAAAUACAAUUUUGGCAACUAGCUCCAAAUCCAAUAAAAAAGACAACCCACCUAGCCAAUUUGCGUCAGCAGUUAGAGCAUUGCCCUGCCCCAGUAACAGAAGUAAAAUGGAUAUUAAAGUAUUACAAACUAAAUCACAGAAAAAGACAAUCAUUGCAGAAGCCAAUGAAGAUUUUGUUGACUUCAUCUUUAGCUUUCUUACCAUGCCAUUAGGAUCCAUUGUAAAGCUUUUGGGACCGAACUCUUUUGCUGGAUGUGUUGGUAAUUUGUACAAGAGUGUGGAGAACUUGGACCCUACUUCUGUAUUACUCAAUCCUGGUGUAGCACACCAGUUUGGCUGUCUAAACCAGCCCCUCAACAUUUCUGAAGGACAACCACCACACACUAGAUAUUACUAUGGUACUGGGAUACCAAAUAAAGAGUAUUCAUGUACGCAUUUUGGGAAUUAUGAAACAAGAGAAGGAAUGAUAGAGGGAGGAGUGAUUUCUAAGUCACGGGGAUCAAUUUAUAGACCAAAAUCUUUGUAUCAACUGUACCCAAGAUCUGUCAACGGAUCAGAAGAUGUUAUUGGAUUUGUGAAGAGAGCAACAUUAUAUGGUAUAGGAGAUGAUCUAAAUGUAAAACCACUUUCUGCUAAUUCUUUGCUUUCAUAUUUGAAAGUAUUAAGCCUUCCUCUUGAUGAUCUUGAAGUGAAGGUGAGCAUUGGUGAAGCUGAGGCUUUGAGCUUCCUUGGAGCAUUCUUGACAUCAAGAUUUACCUUGACUAGUGGACUUAAAAGACCUUUUGAGUGUGCCUAA